AUGAUAGCUUGCAUAGCGUCAAGGAUCGCGCUAGUGUGUUUGGGAGUGGCAUGGGCGAAGGUGGUGGUGGCGCAAAGUGACGCGAGGAUCUUUUUUAGUAACUCGGUGGUUAUUGGGAAGAUUUAUCCGCUUGAUUCAGAGGUUAGGGUUUGUGAUGAGUCUAGGACGGAGGAUGUCGCGACAGUGGAGUUGAGGGAAGGGGACGUGUUUUGGUUAAUCAUACGACGGAGAAAGAGUACAAUUUUAAGACUAUUGGUGACGUUGGGCCUGUGA